UGUGUGUUGUUCACACACGUCGCUUACACGCAUGGAAAACACUGAUAUGCAUAACAACUGCAGAUAUAAUACAUCAAUAUCAUUCUCCAACAAACAAUGUCAAACUAAGUGAUAUGCGAUCAGUGGACGGACCUGCGCUUGUCCAGGCACCUGUUGGAGCGCAGCAGAAUGGGAGAAAUUCUGAACAACAGCGGAGCUUGGAACAAAAGUUUAAUGGAUCAACACAAGUUCAGUAGUCUGGAAGACAUCGAUGUGACCGCUGAUGGCAGCCUCGUCCUGAGGAUUAUCAUCUCCGUGGUUUACUCCGUGGUGUGCGCGGUGGGUCUGGUGGGAAAUCUCUUGGUGUUUUUCCUCAUGAAGAAAAGACAAGGGCGGAAGAAAUCCACCAUUAAUUUCUUUGUCAUCAAUUUAGCUGUUACGGACUUCCAAUUUGUUCUGACUUUGCCUUUCUGGGCGGUAGACACUGCGCUGGAUUUCAGCUGGCCGUUUGGAAACGCCAUGUGCAAAAUCAUUUUAUCAGUCACUGUGAUGAACAUGUAUGCCAGCGUGUUUUUCCUCACGGCAAUGAGCAUUACGCGCUACUGGUCCGUUGCAUCUGCCCUAAAAAUCCCCUCUAGAAAGAGGUCUAGGUCGGUGAAAUGGAUCUGUGCAGUAUUGUGGGUCCUGGCGACAAUGGCAACAGCUCCAACUUCCAUUUUUUCCACAGUGACUGUGGUUGCAGAUGAAAAACUGUGCCUCCUCAAGUUCCCAGAUGGCAACGAUUGGCUCGCCUUUUAUCACCUUCAGAAAAUAGUAAUUGCCUUUAUCUUGCCGAUGUUCAUUCUCUCAGUUUGCUACCUGUUACUUCUGAGGUUUAUCCGCCUAAGGGGCGUUCAAAGGAGGCGAUCUAAAGUCACCAAAUCUGUAACGGUGGUGGUCCUCUCCUUUUUCGUUUGCUGGAUGCCAAACCAUGCCAUCACCCUUUGGGGCGUCCUGGUGAAACUGAACGCGGUGCACUGGGACAAGACAUAUUACAUGGUGCAUGCCUACGUUUUUCCACUGACUGUUUGUCUUGCCCAUGCGAACAGUUGUUUAAACCCAAUUUUGUAUUGUCUAAUGCGAAGAGAGUUUCGGAAAAUGCUGCAUGAUUUAUUAUGGCGCAUUUCCUCGCCUGCGUACUCUAAAGCAGGGAAAGUGCAAGGAUACAGUGCUGGCAUCAAUCAAAACCAGGAUGACGCACAUAUUGGCAUUCAUUUAAACGUGAUUGACAAUCAGGGUCAACAAUCCGUGCAUCCGACAAUUCCAGUACACGAUAACACAUGCUGAAAUCCUGAUUUGAAAGGAAUCACAAGUUUCUUCUAUUCUAUUCUUAUUAACCAAAUUGCUCAUACCAAGUUUAACCCUGCAAACACCGAACGUUCCCCUAACGUUAGAAUAUGGUUCCCGUUCGGUUAUCUUUUGGGAACCAAUCUCAAACGUUCUAGAAACGUUCUAUAACGGUUUUAUUGCUUCCUAACCAAAAACUAACGUUCCUAGAACGUUCCGGCAACCUAAAGUGGUUUGCUUGUUUGACGUUGUCACUUUAUGGUCAGCCGUGAAUUUAAGAGUUGUACCUUAUUUCAGUGUUUUGGUCCGUGCACAUGAAUGUCUUCUUAAUUUACAUGUAUGGCCAAAAAUAAUGCAUGCAAUGUAUGACUGCACAUUUAUUCUGUAAACGUAAAAGGAGACAUAUUUAUUCACAAGGCUAUAGUGUCCUAUU